AGGUCUUAGCUGGAACAGCUUCGCCCGGCGCGGGUUGGUCAUGCUCCAGGUGUCGCCUGGUCGCGGGGCAGGCCUAGAUUCGCCCACAACUGCGGCUGCGCCGGUAGGUUAUCACGAGGAAGGCCCCGAGAACCUCUUGUUCUUUCCCCUGACCGCACUCCGCCACGACGACCC